UUUGAGAAAAGUUAAGUCAAACAGUUCAUUGAAGUUCAGCUUGUUGUUGGCUGAAGGGCAAGUGGAGAGGCUGCCCCAGCAGAAUUUGCUAUACAAGUCCUCAAGCUGUCUACGCGUUUGCCCACUCUAAUAUUAGAGUGGUCGUCUGACAUUUGCCAUUACUCCCCGGACAACAAUGAGCGCCUCCGUGGCCGUGUACAGGAGCAUCUUCACCGAGGACCGCUUCAAACAGGCAUAUGGCUCCGAGGAGGACAACACGAGUGCAAGCCUGAGGCUCCGUGACAAGUUGGCAGUGAGGUGCAGGUGUUCUCAGAGGGCCUGCCUUCACCAGUUGCGGGAGAGAGUUCCUAUUUUCAACUGGCUGCCCAGAUACCGCUUCAAGAAAUGCAUUUUAGGAGAUACAAUUGCAGGACUGACAGUGGGCGUCCUUCACAUCCCACAAGGAAUGGCCUUUGCACUACUCACAUCUGUGGCACCAAUAUUUGGUCUCUACACGUCCUUCUUCCCCGUAGUCCUUUAUAUGAUUUUUGGCACCGGGCGCCACGUAUCCACAGGUACAUUUGCUGUGGUGAGUUUAAUGACUGGCUCAGUGGUGGAGCAGCUGGUUCCCACUCCGCUGGAGAUGAACUCCAGCUCAUCAGAAGUGUCUGACUUUGAGCUCCAUAGAAUUGGGGUGGCCUCAGCUGUAGCACUUCUGUCCGGAAUUAUUAUGCUCUGCAUGUUUGGUCUUCAGCUGGGCUUCCUCUCCACCUAUCUGUCAGAGCCAAUUGUUAAGGCUUUCACCAGUGCUGCUGCCUUCCAUGUCACCGUUUCACAGCUGCAAAGCAUGCUGGGGCUGCACCUUCCUCGUUACACAGGCACUUUCUCCCUCUUCAAGACUUUAGCGUCCGUGAUGGAGAACCUGCCUCAGACUAACAUGGCAGAGGUGCUGAUCUCCUUGGUGUGUUUGGCUGUUCUGGUCCCGGUGAAAGAGAUCAACACACACUACCGGCAGCGCUUGCGUACACCCAUUCCAGUGGAGAUCCUAACAGUGAUCAUCGCCACUGGGGUUGCCUAUGCCUUCUGUCUGGAUUCCAUCUAUGAGAUUGAAAUUGUUGGCCACAUUCCAGCAGGAUUCCCAAGGCCGAGGCUACCUGCCCUGCACACGUUACCCAACAUUGCUGGAGACACUGUCGCCAUUACAUUCGUUGGCUAUGCUGUGUCUGUCUCACUGGCAAUGAUCUAUGCUGAUAAGCAUGGCUAUUCCAUACAUCCGAAUCAGGAGCUGCUGGCUCAUGGUAUUUCCAACACAGUGUCCUCCUUUUUCACGUGCUUCCCAAGUUCAGCCACUCUGGCCACCACAAACAUACUGGAGAGUGCAGGGGGGUUCACACAGUUCUCUGGCCUAUUCACCAGUCUAGUUGUUCUAAUUGUUCUGCUGCUGAUUGGACCGUUGUUCCACUUCCUACCUAAGGCAGUCCUAGCAUGCAUCAACGUGACCAGCCUCAGGCAGAUGUUCCUGCAGUUCCGGGACUUACCAGAACUGUGGAGAAUCAGCAAGAUUGACUUUAUGGUUUGGGUGGUAACCUGGCUGUCUGUGGUUGUUCUCAACGUGGAUCUCGGCUUAGCCAUCGGGGUGGUGUUCUCAAUGAUGACUGUCAUCUGUCGCACACAAAGGGCUGGAUGUUCUGUGCUUGGCCGGGCCAGUAACACAGAAAUUUACAGACCUGUGGAGAAUCACAGUCAGUGCUAUGAGGUGCCUGGGAUGAAGAUCUUGACAUACAAUGGGCCUAUUUACUAUGGAAACCGUAGCUUCUUCAGGGAGGAGAUGAGCAGGUUGUUGGGCCUGACGCCAGAGAAGAUCCGCAGCCGAGAAAAGGCCAGAAAAGCUCUGGAGAAGCGUGAAAGACAGACCAGUGUCAACACGGUGGAAAGAGGCAUAGCAAAUGCAUCUUUUCCUUCAGAAAAUGAGUUCUUUAAAUCUGAAGCAUCUGAGAGCGACGUCCAGGCAGUUCUGAUUGACUGCAGCAGUGUGAUAUUUGUUGAUGUUGCCGGAGCAAGACUCUUUACUCAGAUGUGCAUUGAAUGCCAGAAAGUUGGGGUUCACAUGUAUUUAUCCAACUGCAAUGAAAGUGUUUUAAAGAUCCUGACAUCAAGCGGCCUCAUGAACCACAUGAAGCCUCAACAUAUUUUUGUCACUGUACACGAUGCCGUCAUGUACAUCCAGCAGCAGACGGAAAAACAUCCUGAAAACACCACGACUGUUUGGGUGUGAGACAGAUGCACAGUGAUGAGAAGUCAUCAACCGAGUGUUUGGGACCAAAUAACAUAACAUUUGGGUAUUUGUCGGAGGGUGUAAUGUGUACUUGUGUUUCCAAGACGCAGUGGCCUGUUGUAGCAUUAUCGAGGCUUUAUAGCGUUACCCCUUUUUGAUGUAAGCAUCAUGUCAUAUAUGCUGGAAUUUUUUAGAGAAUAUUUGAUUGUAAUACUGAGAUAAAUAUACUGAAAAGUGCACUGAACAGUUUCAAAUACUUUGCAUAUUUAUAUCUUUUACAUGUGUACAGGACAUGCCAUGCAAUACUUUUUGGUAUUAGUCUGCAGCUGUCCCAGUGGCUGUUUUAAUAUUAAAUAUAUUUAUAUCAAAGUUUUGAGUCUAGACUUUAUU